AUGGCCACCCACCUAUGGUACGACCGGGUUCCGCCAGAGAACUCCCUGAAUCACGUCAUGGAGGAUAUCUAUAAACACAUGGAAAAGUUCACGCCCUUUCUUCUGGGCCUCUUUGUUUCCCUGAUGAUCGCGCACACCUACUACGCAAACCGUGGCUUCUUCGGUACGCUUUUCGGACGGUCUUUGGCCUUUGCGCAGAUGGCCGCCGCCUGGAUUCGGCCCCCGAGUCCCAACGAGCAGGAUGCGGCGCACCGUGCCCAACGCUUGCUGGUGCGGUGGUGCAACGCGGCUUUCCGGCUGAUGUGGCUGGAGUGCCGGGAGGGCUUUGGUCCGACAGAAAUCGGGGAGGAUAUCUGA